AUGGGGUGCAUGAAUUCUAAACCUCCUUCAAAAUCUUAACCUCCUCAAUCUGCUCGCACUUAGAUUCAAAUCUAAUUUUAAAGCCAAGAUGAAAGUCCAUAUGUGAUAAAGAAGAAUCCAAUUUUCUAGAGAAGAGCUUCAUAAAAGUCCAUCGUUAGCCCUUUACAAACUACAUCUUACGUUCAAAGAAAUAAGUGA